GACCUCGAACCUUCAUCCAGGACCGGGAGAGCGCCCGGGACUGCCCUGGAAAGCAGCAGCGGAGCCCGCGUCCUGGUGGGAGCGAGGGAGCGGGAGCCCCGUCCUGCUCCCGUGAACCGGCGGCAGCGGAGGCGGCAGCGUCGCUCAGCGCCCCGGAGCCGCCAUGGCCUCGCAGAACGCCGACCCCGCGGCCGUGCCCAGCGUAGCUGCCCGCAAAGCAGCUGAGGCGGGUUCCACGGCUGCCCGCGGCUCGGUGGGGAAGAGGCUGCAGCAGGAACUGAUGGCGCUGAUGAUGUCCGGUGACAAAGGCAUCUCCGCCUUCCCCGAGUCCGACAACCUCUUCAAGUGGAUCGGGACCAUCGAUGGCGCCGCCGGCACGGCGUACGAGGAGCUGCGGUACCGGCUGUCACUGGAGUUCCCCCCCGGGUACCCCUACACGGCGCCCACUGUGCGGUUCCUAACUCCCUGCUACCACCCCAACGUGGACACACAGGGCAACAUCUGCCUCGACAUCCUCAAGGACAAAUGGUCAGCUCUCUACGACGUCCGCACCAUCCUGCUCUCCAUCCAGAGCCUGUUGGCAGAGCCCAACACUGAGAGUCCCCUGAACACACACGCUGCCGAGCUGUGGAAGAACCAAACCGCCUACAAGAAGUACGUGCUGGAGACGUACGCCAAGCAGGCCAAGAACCAGGAGACCUGACCCAUGUCGUCACCCCUGUCAUACUGGGGUCCUUGCCUACUCCCCCCAGCUGCUCCCCACAACAUUCUGUACCAUAGGCUAUUUUUAAGUUAAUUAAAUCCGUCCCACGGUUAAUGUAUAAAUAAAUGC